AUUCAGAGUCCGGGCCCCGCCCCUCUCUGUCAUGCUGAUUCAGAGUUCGGGGCCCCCUCUGUCAUGCUGAUUCAGAGUCCGGGGCACCCGGCGGCAGACGAGAAGCCGGCGGGAUCCGGGCCCGCGAUCUUCCGGCACGAUGAGUGAGCACGAGGCACCCGGCCUCGCUUCGGACAGGACAAGCGGCGCGGAGGUGGACGAGGAAGAGGACGAGGUGGAGCGCAAGGCCACUGUCCCCGCGGAGACCAAGAGGCUCGCCUUCGUGUGGUGCCAGGAGUACCUGUCUGGCAUGUGGAAGACGCUGCAGGAGAAUGAGUUUCAAAUCAGUAUUAUAAGUGGGGGGCUCAGCAACUUCCUCUACCUGUGCGCCCUCCCGGAGGGGAAGCAGAACUCCAGAGAUGAACCAAGAAAUGUCCUUUUACGAAUCUACGGCCGAAUCCUUCAGGGACAAGAUGCGCUAGUACAGGAGAGUGUGAUGUUCGCUAUCCUAGCAGAACGAAUGCUGGGUCCAAAACUCUACGGGGUCUUCCCUCAAGGCCGCCUGGAGGAGUACAUUCCUAGCAGAAGAUUGAGAACUGCAGAGCUUGCUUUACCACAAGUUUCUGCGGAAAUUGCAACAAAACUUGCGAGAUUUCACGAAAUGAAAAUGCCAUUCAACAAAGAGCCCAAAUGGCUGUUCAGCACAAUGAAGAGCUACAUGGAGCAGGUAAUGCAGUUGGAGUUUGCAAAGGAGCCACAAGCGAGGAAGUUUAAGCACUUGAUGUCGUUCAACCUCCCACACGAGAUGAAAGUUCUGGGAAACCUUCUGGCCGCCACCCCCUCCCCCGUCGUGUUUUGUCACAACGAUUGUCAGGAAGGUAACAUUCUCCUCUUGGAAGACGAAGUCAAGGCAAAUGAAGACAAACUAAUGAUUAUCGACUUUGAAUACUGCAGCUAUAAUUACAGGGGAUUCGACAUCGGCAAUCAUUUUUGUGAGUGGAGCUACGACUACACGCACGACGUGUGGCCGUUCUUCACUGCCAACCUGGACAAGUAUCCGAGCCAUGAGCAGCAGCUGCACUUUCUGCGGCAUUACCUAGCAGAGACCCAGGCCGGUAACCACAUGAAUGGCUGCAGCAGCGCUCCAGAGAAUCACGUGGGAGGAGGUCAGAAUGACGUUUCUGGCGGUGGGCGUUUGAGCGGAAGGUCUGCGGACAGCGCGGGAUUACCCACUGCAAGUGGCGACACCGCGGUUUUGGAGGCCAUAGUGGUGGAGGUGAACAGGUUUGCGCUGGCUUCCCACUUCUUCUGGGGACUGUGGUCCAUUCUCCAAGCUCACAUGUCCACCAUCCAGUUCGGAUACUUGGACUACGCACUGGCAAGAUUUGAGGCAUACUUCAAACAGAAGGAAGUGUUUUCUUAAAGCAUCACUCCUUCCUGCAGAAAACAACGCCGCCUCUUAUUUUGUCCCGUUCUGCGUUGCUCGUGUUAGGAAGCCGAUGUACGAUUUGCAUUUUAUAGUUCUUUGUAAGCACUUCCUAUUUGAUUUGUGGUUGAUUUUGAAAACAUUCCCGACAUAAGUUUGACACCCAAAUGCAAGCAUCCUGUCAGCCUUGACAAUUAGAGUGAACACUUAGGGCACAAUUCGCGUGAAAUCGAAUGUUCAUGUCUACUUGCUUUUAUAAAUGUGUUUCCCCAUUGCCAGCGGUGGGACAAAUUUCCCAAGGGGUGGGACGGAUGAGCUGCCUCGUAUGUUUGUGCGGGGCACCUGUUCCUGUGCGUGUUGCAGUUAACGCCUUGCGUUUCUCCUGUGUCGUGAUAUAAUGUUCAUCCGCGGCGUACAUUUGACACUGCCACUGUAAUCUACCGGUACGACAUGAGAGUUUUUUUUUGGGUUAAUCACUUGAAUAUAUGUGUCGUUAAAACCCGCCACCACCCGACACAGCCAACUAGUAAGGGUUGUCACGUAAACAGAACGUGGCCAAUUCGUCACU